AUGUUCAAUAUUGUCUCUUUCGGAUCUCGCUAUUCGUCGCUAUGGCCAACGUCCCAAACGUAUUCUGCUGAAUCGGUGGAGCAAGCCAGCAAACAUGUUGAUACGUUCUCUGCCAACUUUGGUGGUACAGAACUGCGGUCUGCCAUUCAGUUCGCCUUCAAAGGCCGUACAUCCGCAAAGUCGUCUUCAAAGGAUGCGAUACCGACAUCUGUAUUCGUGCUGACCGACGGCGAAGCUUGGGAUUUGGAUGGCGUGCUGCACGAGAUCUCGGAUGCGGUUAAGACUGCCAAAGAUAACAAGAGUCUCCUACGGACCUUUGUGCUCGGUGUUGGUAAUGAUGUCUCUACUGCAAUGUGCGAAGGAAUCGCCCGCGCCGGAAAGGGAACCGCUGUAUAUGUAGCGGAGAGAGAAAAGCCCGACUCAAAACUUAUGGGAUUACUGAGAGCCGCUCGAGGUGGAGUCAUCGAAGACCUUGCCGUAGAAUGGGGCUCUGGGGUAAAUGAAAAGGACUCUAUGGAAACGGAUGAUGACUUUGAGGUCAUCUCGAAGCCAAGUGCUCCCCAGACUGAAGCCAAACUUCCACCUCUCAAUCUCUUUGACGAUCAAUCAACGAGUGAGGCUCCCAAAUUGGGACCCACUAAGGCCAUA